CCCGAGUUGCAUCUUCGAGCGGCUCAUCGAGACGCAUGACGCUCUCCUUUCCCGAUAGGGUGCCAUCGAGCGAUGCGCUUCAGGUUAGAUAGAAUAUAUAUAUAUAUAUCCCGUGACGACACCCGAGCUGACCCUUUCUCCGCUCCCAACACGGCCCUUGCUCCGGCCAGCUUAGCUGGUUCAUGUUCUUCCACCCAGCACACGUCCCAAGGGCGAAGGAGCGCUACGAAGAGCAGACCCUCCGCGUCCUCAGUGUCCCUCCCCAACCGCGCGCCUUCGAUGGGAGGGAGUACCUCGUCGGAGGCAACGGCGUGCGUUUGAUCCUGACGGGGGAAAAAGGCAGUCGUCCGCACCCAAACCCCUUCGCCCCUUUCUCUGCUUUCUCAACCCACCCCGUCUUCUUUGGCGGAGGAAGGGGAGGGGGGCAGGCUGCCACCAGGGCGGCGCGUCGGGGAGGCGGGCGGGAUCUCGAGAUUCUCAGGUGGCCAUGGCCACCUUUGCCGGGUUGGCGGUGCAGGUUAGUAGGCUGUGGUACUUUCUAGCUGCUAAUAGGGGGGGGGGAAGCGGGGAGGCAACGGUUCAGGGGCGGAACUUGGGCGCACCGUGGUCGUGGCCAUGGAGAACGCGGGGGUUCGUGGUAGACAUGGCUUGCGACAGCGAUGUGUGGUGGAGGGUUAAUGAUCACCAGUUUUACACGGCGGCUAGUUGCUUGGAAAGCGGCUUGAUGAGGAUGGGAACGGAUAUAAGGAUGAAAAAGGCACAAGAGACCAGGAGGUCACAUACCCCCGUUCAAAUCCUUCUAUCCGCAUCACGGGUCACUUGCGGUUACGAAACCCCAUUCGCGCCUUGUGUGACGACGGCGUCUCACGCGCCGACCUCACCAGUCAGCCUUGCAAGCCUUGACCAAGGCGGGGACGAAGCGCGCGCGUGUGUAUGUAUUUAUGCAAGUAUAUGUGUGAGACAAACCAAGUCUCGCAGUCCGAACAGAGUAACUCUA